AUGGGAUCCAUUCAAUAUGAGCCUGAAGGCAUCCGCGAAGUUGAUGUGCUCAUCAUCGGAGCAGGCUUCGGUUCAUUCAACUUGUUAAACAGACUCCGCAAGCAAGGCUUCUCUGUCAAGGCCUUCGAGAAGGGGUCCGGAAGCGGCGGCAUCUGGCACUGGAACCAGUAUCCGGGGGCUCGUGUUGACAGCGAUACCCCCAUCUACCAGCUUUUCGACAGCGAGCUGCACAAAGGCUUCACCUUCAAAGAGAGGUACGCAGACUGGAAAGAGCUGAAGCGCUACUUCCAGUACGUCGAGCAGCAAUGGGACCUGCUCAAGGACAUCGAGUACAACCGGUGCGUCGAAGGGGCCCGCUUCGACGAAGCUUCCAAGAAGUGGACCGUAACCUGCGUAGACGGCACGCAGAUGCGCUGCCGCUGGCUGAUCGCCGCCAUCGGCUUCGCGGCGAAGAAGUACACGCCGCGGAUCAAGGGGCUGGGCUCAUUCCAGGGCGAGAUGCACCACACGGCCGCAUGGCCACACUGGGGCGUAAACCUACGCGGAAAACGCAUCGCUGUCAUCGGUACGGGUGCGAGCGGCAUCCAGACGAUCCAGGACUCGGGGCCUGAGGCAGCGCACAUGACCGUGUACCAGCGCACGCCCAACUACUGCGUGCCCAUGAACCAAACACCACUCGACCCGGCCGCCGAGGCGCGCAAGAAGGCGGCGGGCGAGUACGACGCCGCGCUGUCUCGCUGCUACGAGACCUUCGCUGGCUUCACGUACGACUUCGAGGACCGCGACGCGCUGUCCGACACGCCCGAGCAGCGCCGCGCGCUCUACCACCGGCUGCUGAUCGAGGAGGGCGGCUUCCGCUUCUGGCUGGGCACGUACCGCGACACGCUGUUCGACGACGCCGCCAACGACGAGGCCUACGCCUUCUGGCGCGAGGCCGUCCAGCGCCGCGUGCCCGACCCGCGCAAGGCCGAGCUGCUCGCCCCCAAGCAGAAGCCGCACCCGUGGGGCACCAAGCGGCCGAGCUUGGAGCAGAACUUCUACGAGGUCAUGUCGCUGCCGCACGUCGACCUGAUCGACAUCAACACCAACGGUAUCGCUGAGAUCACCGAGACCGGCAUCCGCACUGCCGAUGGUGAGCAUAGGGAGUUCGACGUCAUCGUCCUCGCUACGGGCUUCGACGCCGUGACGGGCUCGCUCUCGCAGCUCGACAUCCGCAACUCCGCCGGCGAGAGUGUCGCUGAGCAUUGGAAGGACGGACUCAAGACGGCCCUCGGAAUCGCCUUGCACGGCUUCCCCAACCUCUUUUUCACCUACGGGCCGCAGGCCCCUACUGCCUUUGCCAACGGCCCCACGUGCACCGCCGUUCAAGCUGAGUGGAUCGACAAGGUCCUGCAGGUGUCCCGGAAGAACGGGAUAGAGCGCUUCGAGGCCAAGGCGGAGACGGAGGAGGAGUGGACCAGGAGAGUGAAGGAGAAGUGGGACAAUAGUUUGUUUCCCCAGGCCAAGAGUUGGUAUCAGGGUGCCAACAUCCCUGGGAGGAGAGUGGAGCCGCUGAAUUGGGCGGGCGGGAUGCCACCGUAUAUCAAAGCAUUGGACGACAGCUUGGAGAACGGACUUCAGGGCUGGAAGACGGACCGAGGACAGAAAGAACUGGAUGUUGAUGGUAUAAAGGUCGCGUCCUUGAAGAUCUAA